UUUGUAGUUUUCAACUCAAAACAUUAACACGUUAUAUUCAUCAUAUCCUUCCAUUCUAAUUUUCAUAAUCUGUCUGUCACACUCCAUAAAACCCUAACUCUCAAAUCACUCUCACCGUUCCAAAAAAAAUCACUCUCAUCGUCUUAUUCUUCUACAUCUCCGGCGAAAUUCUCACAAACAAACGCUGCAAUGAAGUCGUCUCACCGGCCACCUGCACCGGCGACCGCCGGAUUGAAGCUCCUCACGUUCACCGUAUGCUUAUUGCCGUUUUUGUAUGAGUUCAGAUCUACCGCUCAACUUUUGCCGGUUGAAGAAGUUGAAGCGCUUCAGACAAUAGCCUCAAGACUACAGUAUAGCGAUUGGCAGGUUGCUAGAAACUCAUGCAGCGAAGGUAGAGGUCUUAAUAUAACAUAUUCUCGGAACGACCGAAACCAGGUUAGGUUUGGCAGCAAUGUAACCUGCACCUGUAACACCACAGAAUGCCACAUUACAAAUAUCCAGUUAAAGGGGCUUAAUUUGACUGGAGUUCUACCAGAAGAAUUUGCAAAUCUCACUUUUCUGGAAGAAUUAGAUCUAUCUCGCAACUAUAUCAAUGGAAGUAUUCCUGCACGUUUUGGUGAACUUCCCCUUACCAUUUUAAGUCUUUUGGGAAACCGACUUAGUGGUCCAAUACCUAGUGAAAUAGGUGAUAUCGCAACACUUGAGGAACUAGUUUUGGAAGACAAUUUGCUUGACGGACAGCUUCCUUCAAACCUUGGGCGUGCACCUCGCUUAAGAAGAAUCCUUCUUUCUGCAAAUAAUUUCACUGGAACCAUUCCUGAAUCAUUUGGAAAUCUCACUAAUCUAGAGGAUUUUAGGAUAGAUGGGAGUACAUUAUCUGGGAGAAUACCUAGCUUUAUCGGAAACUGGACACGACUCACAAGACUUGAUUGGCAAGGAACAUCAAUGGAGGGACCUAUCCCUUCUACAAUAUCGCUGUUGACAAAUUUAACAGAAUUGAGGAUAACAGAUUUGACUGGACCAAGUUCAACCUUUCCUGAUCUGCGAAAUAUGACUCGCAUGAUUAGACUGCACCUGAGAAAUUGCAUGCUUAAUGGUUCAAUACCUGACUACAUAGGACAGAUGACGGCUUUAAAAAACUUGGACCUAAGCUUCAACAUGUUGGAUGGUCAAGUGCCCAAUUCAAUUGGGAUUGUGGACUUUGACACUGUGUUUCUAAACAAUAACUCGCUGACUGGAAACAUUCCUGCGUGGGCAUUUGUUGGCAAUAGAAAGAUUGACUUAUCCUACAACAAUUUUACACGAACACAACAAAGCGGUUGUCAGCAAUCUAGCUUGAAUUUAGUUUCUGCCCUUUCACCUUCAGAACCAACGGGCCCAAACACUUGGUGUUUGACGGACGGACUUACUUGCAGCAGGAACCCCGACCGUUAUAACUUAUUUAUAAACUGUGGUGGGAACAGAGUAGAAUUUGAGGGAAAUGAAUACGAAGAAGACGGAAGCAAAGAAGGGUCAUACUUUUAUUCUUCUUCUGAGAGAUGGGCUUAUAGCAGCAACGGUAAUUUCUUGGGCAGUGAUGCCGCACCAUUUGUCGCAGCCCCGAUAACAAAUGUGACCGAUCAUGAAAUAUACAGAAGCGCCCGUCUUUCUCCUACUUCCCUCAGAUAUUAUGGACUGUGUUUAAGAAGUGGUAGCUAUAGAGUACGCCUCCACUUUGCUGAAAUACAGUACACAGAUAAUACGGAUUUUACUGGUCUUGGAAGGCGUAUUUUUGAUAUAUCAAUCCAAGGGCAAUUAUUAUGGAAAGACUUCAACAUAAGGGAAAAAGCUAAUGGUACUGGAAGGGGCAUUGUAAUGGAUUUUGAGGAUAUUCGUGUUAACGGUAGCACGUUAGAGAUUCACUUGUACUGGGCAGGGAAGGGGACUACUGCAAUUCCAGAUCGGGGCGUAUACGGGCCUCUUCUAUCUGCUAUCACAGUCACCCCAAACUUUGCAAUACCUACGGACGGGCUCUCUGGUGGAGCAAUAGCUGGAAUCGUUAUUGGUUCGUGUGCAUUUGUCGCGUUGAUUCUAUUUGUUCUUUGGAAGAAAGGUUAUCUGGGCGGGGAUAAAGAAGACAAAGAACUACGAGCUCUUGAAUUACAGACGGGUUAUUAUAGUCUGCGACAAAUCAAAGCUGCUACACAUAACUUUGACCCUGCAAACAAGAUCGGUGAAGGGGGAUUUGGACCCGUUUACAAGGGUGUACUCUCAGAUGGUUCUGAAAUCGCAGUUAAGCAACUCUCGUCAAAGUCAAAACAAGGGAACCGUGAAUUUGUGACUGAAAUAGGCAUGAUAUCGGCUUUACAACAUCCAAACCUCGUUAAGCUUUUUGGCUGUUGUAUAGAAGGAAAAGAAUUGUUACUGAUAUAUGAAUACCUGGAAAACAAUAGUCUUGCACGCGCUCUUUUUGGUAAAGAGGAGCAGAGGCUAAAUUUAGACUGGACAACAAGACAAAAGAUAUGUAUACAAGUAGCCAGGGGCUUAGCUUACCUCCAUGAAGAAUCGAGGUUGAAAAUUGUUCACAGAGACAUAAAGGCGACUAAUGUGCUUCUAGAUAAGGAACUUAACGCGAAAAUAUCAGAUUUUGGUCUUGCCAAACUUGAUGAAGAAGAGAACACACAUAUCAGCACACGAAUUGCUGGAACAAUUGGGUACAUGGCUCCAGAAUACGCAAUGAGAGGAUACUUGACAGAUAAAGCAGAUGUUUAUAGCUUUGGAAUUGUUGCAUUAGAGAUUGUGAGCGGGAAAAGUAAUACAAAUUAUCGGCCAAAGGAGGAGUUUGUCUACCUUCUUGAUUGGGCAUAUGUGUUACAAGAGCAAGAAAACCUACUUGAACUGGUGGACCCUGGGCUGGGUUCAAACUACUCAAAAAAAGAGGCAUUGAGGAUGUUGGACAUAGCUCUUCUUUGUACCAACCCGUCACCGACUCUUAGACCCGCCAUGUCAACAGUGGUGAGUAUGCUGGAAGGAAAGAUUCCGAUUCAAAAACAAGUUGUGAAACGGGGUGCAAUGGAUGCUGACAUGAGGUUUAGAGCUUUUGAACUGCUGUCACAAGACAGUCAAACACUUACCUCCAUUGCCUCAGGGGAUAGUCAAAGACCAGGCACGUCGGCUGAUAGUACGUGGGUUGAUUCGUCCGUCUAAAGAACAACAUUCUUCCUCAGAAUUUGUUGCUGUGAAUUAUAGCAGUUCAUUUUUAAAUGAUUUGCAUAUAUGAGUUUAAUUUAUUGAGAGAUGUCCUUAAAAUUUAACUUUUGGGUUUUUGCAUAUUCUUUUUUUUUUUUUUGUUAAAUAUUGGUAUGAUGCUUAAUGAGAAUUUUACAUGUAUUAAUUACGUUCAUAAUGUAUAAUUAUUGUAAAUUUAUUCAGGUUUAUGAUUUGUUUA